AUGCAAUUUGCUGUGGUUAACAGCAGUGUGAGCAGUAAUCUGUUAACAAUCAUUGCAAGAUCUAUUAAUGAGAAGUUCAUGUUGGUACAAGUUCUGGUGCUGAUUUUCCUCUAUGUGAACUGCCUUAUGAUCCUCACCUUUCUAAAAAAGGAGGUGUUCAGGGACAACACUCGCUACAUUUUAUUUGCACAAACUCUGUUUGCUGACUCUGCUUUCAUGGUGUUAUCAGACUUGCUCUUGAUGGGAAGCUUUUACAAAUAUCCUAUCCACCAGAUUCCAUGCAUUAUCAUGUGUACAAUUUUAAAUGUUCUGUUUGUGUGUACUCCGCUGACUCUUGUGGCAAUGUGUCUGGAGCGCUAUGUUGCUAUAUGCAUGCCUUUAAGACAUACUGACAUCUCUACCAGCAGGACCAGAUUCCGAGGACUCCUGAUAAUAUGGAGUAUCAGUUCCAUAAUUCCAUUGUUCACCUUAGUAGCCUAUUUGGCUGUUAUCCCUUCAGGUGCUCUGUUAUCCACUGCCGUUUGUGGUGUUGAGUUAAUGUUAGAGAAAGACUGGCAGGCACAUGCACGUGCUAUAAUUUUCCUGCUUCUUUUUCUCUUCAUGAUCAUUAUCAUUGCCUUUACCUACAUUAAGAUAAUGAUUGCAGCCAGAGGGGCCUCAUCAGAGAAUAAGAAACUGACCAACAAGGGUCUCAGGACUGUGAUCCUGCAUGCUGUCCAGCUACUUCUGUGUUUAAUGCAGUUUUUAAACCCAUAUAUAGAAAUGGAAUUUUGGAACGCUGAUGUAAUGGUGUUUAUAAAUGUAAAAUAUUUUAAUUUUAUUGUGUUUAUUAUUGCACCACGCUGUCUUAGUCCAUUAAUUUAUGGUCUCAGAGAUGACAAGUUUUUUGUUGUUUUAAGACAUUAUGUUCUGUGUGAUGGCAUCGAGGUCACCAAUUGCGUCGACUGUGUCAACUAUACGGCUUCUGAAAAAGACGAAGGAUUUGUCACGAUACGCAUAAAUGGCAAGCUCACCGAAAUGACAGUCGACACGGGAGCAAAAUGCAACGUAAUGUCUCUAGGGACUUUUAAGUGUAUAACUACCGGGGAACAAUUGAUCCAUCUAGACAAGAAGUCUUCAAUGUUAACCACAUUUAGUACUCCGUUUGGGCGCUACAAGUUUCUGCGAAUGCCGUUCAGCAUCAGCUCUGCUAGUGAAGUGUUUCAGCUCUCCGUGGAACAUCUGUUCGCGGGCCAGCCAUGCUCUGUCAUUGUUGAUGACAUCAUCAUUGGAGGCCGAGGAAUAGCUGAACAUGAUGCCAACUCGAGGAAAGUACUCAAUCGUGCAAGAGAAGUCAAUCUCAAUCUGAAUCCAGAUAAGUGCAAGUUUCGUCUGGACCAAGUACGCUGUGUGGGCCACAUCUUCACAAGUGACAGUUUAAAAGCUGAUCCUUACAAAACUGCAGCAAUCGUCAACAUGCCAGUCCCCACAGAUGUCAUGUCACUAUAA